UCUCAAAUUUUGGUAAGGCAUGACUUUCAUUAGACCACGAACCUUAUCUCUUACCACGAACCUUAUCUUUUACCCAUCAGUGCUCGGAAUUUGUGCUGUAAUCAAACGAUCCCGUCUCUUCACUCGGCCACUUGCCGAUUUGAUCCGCCGAGGCUCGUCGGAACUAACGACCACGCACUCACCGUCACCUCCCGCUGCCUAGUCGAUCGGAUGGACCGCCAAGCACCGACCUGCCAUGUGGUGGCGAUGCCUUUCCCCGCACUAGGGCACAUCAACCCUCUGAUGAACCUGUGCAAAAUCCUAGCCUCCCGAGCCCCGCACGUCACCGUCACAUUCGUCCUGACCGAGGAAUGGCUAGGCUUCAUCGGCUCUGACCAUAAACCGAGCAACAUAUCCUUCGCCACCAUCCCCAACGUGAUCCCAUCUGAGCGGGUCCGGACUCAGCCCUCCUCUGAGUUCACCGAGGCCGUCUACACGAAGAUGGAAGCCCCGUUUGAGAAGGUGCUCGACCAGCUCCGCCCCCCGCCGACCCUUCUGGUGGCCGACAUGGUCCUGAACUGGCCAGUCCACGUCGGGAACCGGAGGAACAUUCCGAUGGCCUCGUUUUGGCCUACUGCGGCCUCAAACUUCUCCUUCUUGUACCACUUCCAACUUCUUGAGCAGCAUGGCCAUUUACCACAGAACUUGUCAGAAAAGGGGAAUGACAUGGUGGAUUACAUUCCUGGGAUUCCUCCGACACGUUUGACGGACUUGGUUGGUGGAAGGAGCGAACGUAUGAUGCAGAAAAUGCGCUCGAUAGUCGACUUGGUCCAUCGAACACAGUACCUGUUGCUUUCUUCUGUGUACGAGAUCGAAUCUCAGACCGUCGAAGCUCUGAAAUCGAGCCUGUCGCUUCCUAUCUACACUGUCGGUCCAUCCAUCCCGUACUUUACGCUGCAAGAAAAUCCAAGCUCGAACAGCGACUCGGACUACAUAACGAAGUGGCUGGACCGCCAGCUGGGUAGCUCGGUUUUGUUCGUGUCCCUAGGCAGCCUCGUUUCAGUCUCGAGUUCCAAAAUGGACGAGAUUGCAGCAGGGUUGCGCGACAGUAAUGAAAGGUUCUUGUGGGUGGCGCGAGAUGAGGCAUCCAGGCUGAAGGAGCUGUUGCCCGGAGGCGACUCUGGGAUCGUGGUGCCGUGGUGCGACCAGUUGAGGGUACUGACGCAUCCCUCGGUCGGGGGGUUCUGGACUCACUGUGGAUGGAACUCGAUCCAAGAGGGCAUCUACGCGGGGCUUCCUUUCCUGACGUACCCAGUAGCCAUGGACCAAGAUUACAAUUGCAAGAUCAUUGUGGACGAUUGGAAGGUUGGGUGGAGGGUCGGCAAACACGACAUCGCUGGGCUAGUACGCAAGUUCAUGGAUCUAGGCGACAGCGAGAGCAUGGAAGUGAGGAGGAGGGCCAAACACCUUCAGGAGUUGUGCCACCAUGCGAUCGGACCGGACGGAUCGUCCGAGACUAAUAUCUGCACCUUCAUUGGGGACAUUUUGAGCACUACAGUGAACAUUCAAGACAUUAAUUAGUACUUCAAUCUCUCGUAAAGUUUACUUCAUGAGUAUCGCGCCCUUUAAUUUUGCUUCUCUCAUGAUUUUGGCGAUAGAAUGGGAUUGUCCUGUCAUGAAUUACAGUCUCCCCGAUGUAAAAUAAUGACAAGGAAAUUUGAUUUCUGGAUAUUGUUCGUAA